AUGGCUUUAUUUUAUUACCUCCCAUCUGUCCCCCUCCCACGAGGCACAGGGGCCGAAGCAGCACCGCACAGGCUCUGUGAGUCCAUUCUGUCCCCUGCGCCCUCCUCCCCCCACCAGCCGUCAGUAAACGCCCAAAACCCAGGCAUCCCCGUGUGGUCUGUGGAGUUGGUCCCCACCUACCCUUGGAAAGACCAGGGAUGGUGUCUAACUCUCAAACUUGUAUUUUCCCCCCAGUGCUUAGCACCCUGUGGGCACUUGGUAAAUACUAUUACUGCUGCUGAGCUCAGAACGGGCUGCACAAACCCAGGGCAAACCCUCGCCCUUUUCUGGGAGGUGAGAGCUGGGCUCUCCAGUGGGUCCCACACUGUGCUCCUUGCCUUGGGCCUGCCCCCACAAGCCCAGUUGUUCCGGCAGUCACGCAUCAGUAGCCGGAAGCCCUGCAGGGGCCCUGCUGCUGAGCAGAUUCUCACCACCUUCCCCCAUUUCUCCCACCAUCAUUUGCCUCCCCCAGCAUCCUGGGAAGCCCCAGGGAGGUUCCGAAAUGCCGCAAGCCGCUCUUUCCCCUCCACUUGUUUGCGCUCCCCCAUUCAAGGUUCCUCCUUGAGAGGCAGCGAGCGGUACCGGCAUCACUGCUCAGCCCUACACGCUGCAGAAGCGGACGGGGCAGCGCUGACUGAGGCUGGGCACCCAGAGGCUGCUCUCCGGUCAGUCCCAUCUCCUAGCACAACAGGUGGUGAGAGGAGGGCCAUGCCCCCAUCCACGCUCCCACCGCACCCACCCCAGGGGACUGCUGGACCAGACCUGGACCCAGAUGCAGAGGAGUCAAACUUGGAAAUCCCACCCUGACAGGACUCAGCCCAGAGCUCCAGGGGAAAUACUGAAGCAGCAGCUUGGCUUACUGGAUAGAGCCUGGGGCCUGGCAAUCAA